UCUGUGUCCACAAUUCUACAUUGCACUAAUGGGAGUAGAACGAUGGCGACAUAUUUUCCAACCCCUCAGUCCAUCUUCCCCUCUUCCAUCCAACAACACCCAUAAUGCCCCGUUACCGUACCGUCGCCGUGAUUGGAACCGGUCCGUCGGGCAUCUCAGCCCUCCGUGCCCUGCACGACGAGCAGGCAUUCGACACCAUCCGUGCCUUUGACCGACGCGAUGGACCCGGGGGAAUGUGGAAUUACGAUCCCAUUCCGCAGCCCUUCCCAGGGCCGGAUCCUCCAUCCUCAACCCCGCGUCCAUCUCCCCCGGCCACUCUACCCGGGUAUACCCUCCCGGCGCCUGAAGACGUCACUGUCCGCACGGCGCUCUACCCCUACCUGGACAGCAACGUCGGCGCGGACAUCAUGUCCUUCACCCACACGCCACUCCCCAACGUCAACUCAGAGACCUCUAUCCAGCGAUAUGGCCCGGACAACCCCACUCGCCCGUGCACGGCGAUCACCGCGUAUCUCAAAUCCCUAGCCCAAAAGUUCGUCGACACCCCGUCCCUCAUCUCCUUCAACAUGACCGUCGAAAGCGUCGACAAGAACCCAGACACAGGGAAAUGGACGCUGACGCUGCGCCGCCCAGACCCAGCCAGCCAGCGCGACUACUGGUGGCAGGAGUCAUUCGACGCCGUCGUCGUCGCAACAGGCCACUACCACAUCCCGUCCGUGCCAGCCAUCCCCGGUCUCGACAGCGUCGCGCCCUCUACCCUCGAACACGUCAAAUCUUUCCGCAGCCCAGACCCCUACCGCGACCAGAAGGUGAUCGUCGUUGGGGGGAACUACUCCGCCGCAGACCUCGUCAUCGACCUCCACGACAUCGUCCAACACCCACUGUACGUCUCCCGCCGCGGCAACACCGACAUCUUCCCCGGCGUCUGGCAUCUCCAAGGGGUAUACACCACUCCGCCCAUAGCACGAGUGGAGCCAUCAUCAUCAUCACCAUUAAACUCGAUAAACGUAACCUUCACAGACAACACAACCUUGAAAAACAUCACCAAAAUCAUCUUCGCAACAGGCUACAACCUCUCCUACCCCUUCCUGCACCCAAACCCCGUAACCCCCCACAACCACCUCACAGGCUUCUACCAACACAUCUUCCAAAUAGGCGACCCCUCCCUAGCAAUCGUAGGCCAAGUGCGCGGGUCCCUCCCCCUCCGCGUUUACGAGUACCAAGCAGUAGCAGUAGCGCGCUACUUCGCUAACCGGAACGCGGUCGCUCUCCCGUCCGAGGAGGAGCAGCGCGCGUGGGAGAAGGAGAGGUUGCGGAGGACGGGUGCGUCUGUGCUUUUCCAUGAGCUUGGGGAUGGCGUGGGGGGUUAUUAUGAGUUUUGCCGUGCGUUGGCGGGUCGGCCUGCUGGGGGGACGCGUGGGUAUGAGUUACCUCCGUUUGGGGAUGAUUGGGUGAGGGUUGGGUUGGGGGUGUUGAGGGCGAAGAAUGAGUUUUGGGGGGAGAUCGCUAGGGCUGGGGGUGGAUAG